AUGUCUUUAAAACCAAGCCGACAAAACCACGCGGAGACACAGGGCACGCCUAAUCCAUUCAGCGGACGCAAACUAGCUCUCAUUUCUCUCCUGAUCGUUUUCGCGGCUGUAUUUAUUACCUUUGCUUUUGGAGAUACCUUCAAUCUAUUCGGCCUCCGACGAUCCUUUGCAUCUUCUGCGAGCUCAGCGGCGGGUCCUAUAUCAGCUUCAGUCGCAGCAUCUGUUGCAGCAUCGGCGACAUCCAAAGGACAAUCAAAUCCAAUUGCGAUUGGCAAAAUACAGUCCAGCAUGAAGACGCCUGUUUAUUUCCUCAGCCAUGGUGGCCCUAACGUCAUGUACGAGGUUGACCACCCGGCUUACCGCAAGCUCGGAGAGAUCGGCCGCGAGAUUACAACCAAGGUCAAGCCGCGCGCUGUUGUAGUCUUCUCUGCGCAUUGGCAGGCCGGCCGGGAUACUAUUCAGGUCAACACCGCCGAGAAGACCGAUUUGAUCUAUGAUUUCUACGGUUUCCCCGGUCAUUACUAUAAAGAGAAGUACCCGAACGUGGGUAGCAAGGAGGUAGCGCAGAAAGUGCUGGACUCAUUGAAGGACGCCGGGAUCGCGGCCGAGGGCGUAAAGCGCGGACUCGACCACGGUGUCUGGGCUAGCUUCAAGUGCGCCUUCGAGCCAGAAUCCAAUCCUCUGAAUGUCCCCAUUGUGCAGGUCUCGCUCUUCGCCUCUGAAGACCCAGACCAGCACUACCGGCUCGGACAGGCCGUCACGCGUCUCCGCGAGGAGAACAUCCUGAUCAUCGUAUCCGGGAUGGCAGUUCACAACCUGCGUGAUCUGCGUUUCGCGUUCGGGAGUUCAGGCCCGAUGCCGUACGCGGUUAGCUUCGACAAGGCGCUCAAGGAGGCUGUGGAGAGUGCCCCGGCUGAGCGGCAGAAGGUCAUGGCUGAGUUGUUGAAGAGAUCAGAUGCACGACAGGCUCAUCCUUCCUUUGAGCAUUUGCUGCCUAUUCACAUUGGGGCUGGUGCUGCUGGUGAGGAUAUGGGGAAGAGGACUUGGGCGUAUCCUGAGGGAAGUAUGAGUUGGUCGCAGUUCCGGUUUGGCGAGCUUGCCGAGGCUAGUAGUUCGUUAUAA